AUGUUCACGUUUACCUACGAAUGGAUAGAGUUGUAUUUAGCUUUGAGCGAUGGUAUUAUACCACCAGAAUACUUCUAAUAUGCUGAUGAUGUGAAUAGUACUAUUUGCCUAAUUCUAUCUGAUGUUUUGAUACUCUACUUUAGUUUUGAAAUGAGGGUAGUCUAUCUUAAAUUCAAAUCAUCAUCACAUCAAGAAUUUAUGAAGCUGAAAGAGUAUAACCAGCUUUAUAGAAAAAUUGGAUUUUUAGUAGUUAUUGUAUUGGAUAUUCUUAUUUCUACUACUGAAAUAAUCGCUGAUAGAAUUGACGAUUCCUACUAAAAUACAUUGAGCAUGGUUUUGCUUGGAGUUAGCUUAGCCAGCUUUCUGACUGAUUUCAUACUAUUGGCUACUGUGUUUAUAUAUUUCUUGUUUAUUAUAAGAUAGAAGAUUAAAAUUCUUGAUGCAAAGGGCAAGGCCCCAAGCAAGAAAUUUAAAUUUAUAGUUGCAUGGGCUUUUUUUCUUUUCCUAUUCUAGCUCGUGAAUAUAACUACUGAUUUAGUAAUAAGAAAUUUGAUUGCAACAAUUGAACUAUUUUAAUCCUUCUUAUUCCAAUCAGCCUAUAACUUUACUUUCUAUAAUAUCCAUGAAUAUCUUAAUGAUAUGACUCUGCUCUAUCUAUUUCAUGUGUAGACUCAAAUGAGUCUGAGUUCAACUGUAUAAAAAGUAUAAUCUGUAAAGCUAGAAAAGGAUUUAGAUACAAAAAGAAUAAAAAACAUUCUAGAAAAAACUAGAACUCCUUCGUCAUCGAAUUGCUUACGAUCAUCUAUUUAAUCUUAUGAAGUAUCUAAUCACACAAUAGACUUAGAUGAGUAAGAAGAAUAAGAAAAUUAAGAAGAUGAGGAAGAGAAAUCUGAUCCUACUUAUAAAUCAAUCCAUCAUCCAAUAUACUUAGCGAUACCUGGUCCCUCGCUACUUAGAGAUGAAAAUUCUACCAGCAAAAGUUUGCUAGAUAAUCAAAAUAUGGAUGAGAGUAUCUUUGUAAACGAUAAUAGUGUUUUGGAUAAUGAUUUUUAGAGAUUUGUAAAUACUUAAAUAAGCUUUGUAGAUGGAAGAAUACAACAAUAAAAUAUGAACAAAACUAAAUCAAUGAUCUCUAAUCAAUAAAUUUCUAUGCAGUAAUGA